AUCAACAUACAAAACCUGCAAUGUCCCCUCUUGCCAGCCACGUAUUUUAUCCAACACCAACUGCCACGUGUACUCCUCUCGUCCCCCCAUAAUCAUGAUAGCUACUGAAAUUUUAACUUCAAGCGGUUGUUCACUUUCUCAACUAGGAGUCCCAUCUAGUUCCUUAUUAUCAUCAAAAAGAUCACCAUAUAUCAACAAAUUUAACUUCAUAAAAGAAGCAACCAAGAACAAGAUUUUGAAGAAAUGUCAGGUGGGGUUGGUCCAUGUAGUGACAUUAGUUUACCCACAGAUGAACACUUUGAACAGGACAAGAACCAGACCAAAAAUUCCCAGAAAAAACCUCAACAAAACGGAAAAUUCGUCACUUUCCGACAGCUCAACGUCCUCGCAAUUAUAAUAAUCUUCUCUUCUAGUGGCAUGGUGAGUCUUGAGGACUUUGCCUUUGUCCUAUUCUCUCUAAUUUACAUCUACUUCAUUUCCAAAAUUGCCUUUCCCCCAAUUAAUUCACCUGAGCCUCCUGUUUUCGGCGAAAACAACAAAAUUCUAAAUCUUUACGUCUCAAUUGGAGCACUCAUAGGAUUAUUCCUCCCCAUAGCUUAUAUUUUCCAUGGAAUUUACGAGGGUGACAAAGAAGGUAUUAAAGCAGCAGCCCCACAUGUUUUCUUGCUAGCGAGUCAAGUUUUUAUGGAAGGAGUGACGUUUACCGAUAGAUUUUCGCUACCCAUAAGAGUAUUUGUUCCAGUUUUUUACAAUUCAAGGAGGAUUUUUACAAUUAUGGAGUGGUUGAGGAUUGAAAUAUCGAAAGUGGAUCAAGAAUAUGGAGGGAAUAUGAGGAGGGUGUAUAUUGGUAGAGGUUUAGCUGUUGCGAAUAUGGUGUUUUGGUGUUUUAAUUUGUUUGGUUUCUUGUUGCCUGUCUAUCUUCCUAAGGCCUUUAAGAUAUACUACUCUAACCGCAAGUUAAAAGAUUGAUUAAAGUGUAUAAUUUAGGUUUUUGUUUUCAUCUUGCAAAGGAUUCAAGUAGUUUUAGUAUGUAUGUAUAUGGUGACAUAUAAAUGGAUUUGCAUAUCUUUGUA